ACUGCUACAGUCGAAGGUACAUAUACCAUUUUCCCAGCAGUUGAAGUUGGACUGGUAUAUAGAAAGUUUCUGACAUCCACAACUCUUGAUCUCAGUACAAGCCAGCACGCUCUAUUUCUCCUGAUUGCAGUCGGCAUUUGGUGCAAAUCGGAGUUCUUUCGAUAAAGGAGGUUGAAUUUGUCCCGCGCGCGGCGUGACGUCACUCGUGACCCAAGCUGCCAGUCCUGUUUGGAUAGGCUUCUCCACUGCAAUUUCGCCGGUGCUACUGUGGAAGGAUUUUAAGGGGUGGUUUUAACGGGAAAGAGACGGACGAUGGAGAGACUCGGAGCUUUACUAGUGUGCGCCUUUACGCUACAGACAGUUGUCGCUGUAACGCUAACGUCCAGUGGCUCAACCGAAGCAGGUGUGGGAGGGAACGCUGUAUUCACCUGUCGAGUUACAGGACUUUCACUUCUCAGUCAGACGGUAAAAUGGGCAAAAGUGGACAACAAAGACCCACGAGUUACAAAGGAGAUCAGCAAUCAUAUUAGUGUUCAUGACACUGUUCAUCACUCUAUAGAAGCGACUCAGGAAGGCGGUGAUUUCGUGUACAAAUUCACCAUUAAAGAUGUCCAGAAAUCUGAUGAUGGUGCCUAUAAAUGUUUUGUGGAAGAAAAGGAGAAGAUUGUAGCAGAAACAAAGGAGACUCUGACUGUUAAGCAGCCUGUGGCCUCGCUGGAGUUUCAAGUGGGCCCAUAUAAGAUCGACUCAUCAGAAGAUGGAGUGCAAGAGUUUGAACUGGAUCGGUUUGAUCCCAACCUGGUGCUGAACUGUAAAGUUCGCGGCAGUAACCCCGCCGCCCAGGUCAUGGUGAAGAUCGGUGAAACAGACGUGACACCUAAAUUGAGACGAGAGGAUCAGAUGGUCACCAAUGGCAAGACGUUAGAGUCCAUCAGGGCGUACAACACUGAUCUUGACAGCACAGGAGUGUAUAGUCUUGACCCUUCUGUUGUUGGGAAGGAAAUGUCAUGUUCAGCCUGGCUGGAGGGAGACGAGGGGAACAAACGGGAGGCCAAGGCACUGUUGAAAGUCAAAGAGCCCCCUAAAGUGGAGUGUGGGAACGUCACGACGAGACCGGGAAACCGACGAGUUAUGAUUGAGUGUACAAUCAAGUCCCUUGUGGAACCCGAGAAGAUCUCCUGGUUUGUGGACAAUGAAGACAACCCCAUGUUUGUGCCUGCCACUGAUGUGCAAAUGGGGGAAUAUCGUGCUAAGACAUCAAAGGAUGGAGAAAAUCAGGUGAAGGUAUCACUGGAAAUCGGAUUGGUUGCAGAGAAACAUUUUGACACGAUAUAUGAGCUAAGAGCGAAGGUUUCUCAGAAUGAUUUGUCCCAUGUUGUCCGACUGCACAUGAGCAUGACAGAAACCACCACCCCAGGAGGCAGUAUUGGAGGUCAAGGAAGAGUUACCAUUGCAACUAGCCUACUGGGGCUCGCUGUCUUGGCAGGAUGUUUACUCAUGUGACUGACUGACUGAAGAUUGUUAUUUAGCCUGUAAUUUCUCAUAGUUCUGAAGCUUUGAAAAGUACAAAAAGUAAUCAUUCCAGCGUCUUGGGCAAACCGAAUUACAAACAUGCAUGUCUUUAAAUGUAGCAUAGGGAGACGAAUGCUUUUGGACAACUGCAACGGAUACAUACAGAUAUAAAGUGCUCAGAUAUGGAUAUGCUUUCGAAUUUUAAUAACUGGGAGAAUGAUCAUUUUAUGUGAUCACAAAGAGUUGUGGCACGCACAGUCUACAUAACGUUGUGAGGUACUUUACAAUUUCUUUUUAUAUGAAUGUCCUCAUCGAUAGAAUGUUUUAACUGCAUUUUAGCGCACAGCAAAGUGCACGGCUAGACCCUUAGUUCUUUUUAACAAGGAGGGAUGUAUGCAUAUUAUGUAGACACUAUUAUACCAUAGGGUUUGUGUGCAAACCAAAGCUCUUAGCCUGUCCACACCAUCCAUUUAUCAUCGCUGUAGCAAUGAGGAGAUAAUAGUUCAACAUGCUGGUUGUUAGGACCAGGGGCGUCUUACAUGGACGGGUACAUUGGAAGUCUUUGGCAAUUUGUGGUGCUUUUUGUGCUGUGAAAAUUACAUUUUUUUUGUCCAAGAAUGUGGAAUUUAGUAUGUUGAUGCGAAUUGUGUUCCGUGGUUGGGAGGGUUGGCUGGUUGUAUUUUGUUGUUGCUUUGUCUUUUACAUUCCCCCUCCCUCCAAGUGGAAUAGCUAUUUGCGCCGGAUUUCUUAGAGAUUCUUUGUUAUGAGAGAUUUACUUGUCAUCUAUAGUAACUGUUUCACCGGAAGUUUAGGAGUUUUACGCAAUUGUGGAAUUAAGAACCUAUUUUGUUUCUUUGUAUACAUAUGUUUCUUUUCAAGUAAUUUUGUUCGCAGAACCGGUUCGGUUGGUGCUUUUCUGCUUUUAUUCUAUUGCAUGAUAAAUUUGUGAGUUUCAAACUGCCUAGAUUAUGUCCGUUUGGUAGACGGUAAGCUGAAAGACUACUGUUUUGACGUCAUUACAAUCUGAUUAUGUCCAUUGAUGACGUCAUUGUGUUGCACCAUGUCAUUGCGAUAUAGACACAGUGAAAAAGUUGGAAAAUAGAUUACUCUCUCCAAAAAAACUGCUUUUACAGAGUGUAGGUUUUUUUUCCCGAUAUGUUAAUCGAACAAACGAUUACUAGUAUUCUGUGCUAGCUAUACAGAAGCUUUUUUGGAAAAAGUUAAUCAGAGAACGCAUUCGGUGAAUAAUAUGAAUACUCGCAUUUCCAUUCUGUUUUCAGUUUCAAAGCUCAAGGGGUGUGUUUCUUCUGUAGAAAAUGUGUCUAAACAUGUUUCAUUGUAUUGUACUUUGUUCAUACAUACUUUUUUUUUACCAUAGUAAUUGUUUUGUUCACUGAAAGAUGUUUAUACAAAUUUUUUGUGUACAUACAUAUAUUUUUGACUACUUGUACGAAAAUUACGAUGGCUUGCUGACCUCUCAUAAUGGCUACAUUACAUUCCAUCGCGUCCGAAAGAUAGCCCCUAUCUAUAUGAUGCAAAUUCAGCUCAGUUAUAUAUAUAAAAAACAAAAAAAAAACAAUUGCGCCAUUUCCUUCUGCUGCUGCAAUAAAUUUAAACCAUAAUCUUUACCUUCGUGCACAAGAGCUUAUGCACAAAAAGACUGAUGAUUUCGGCACAGCGCACUGACGCCUUGUUUCGGGUUUUUUUUCUGCUAGCAUUCCUCAGAUGUCGCCCAACUGAAUCUACAGCAGAUUAUUCUCUUGUUCUAAACUGUAGUACCUAUUCUCACUGGCCCAGGGAAAAGCCGGGGGUAGACGAGGUGUUCUAAUACCGAUUUCCGUGUUAUCCUUCCGAAGACACCAUUAGAAGGAAAAGCCUAGAAACUAGUGGACAUCAAGAAUGCCCAGCUGACAAGAACACGUGAUUCUCAGUAGCCCAUGAAAGAGAAAUUUUCCCGAAGUCGUUGUUUUGUUCAAAAGUUCCAGGUCAUGCACUCCUCAUUAUAUCGUUCAGGUGCCAUAUUUUAGGAACUGUUAAAAUUACAUGCGACGAGUAGAAUAGACAUAAAGUUGUUGAUGUAAACGAUGUUGUAGAGUUUGUUGAACAUUGUAGAAUACCUGUAACUGUUGUUUGGUGAAUCGUGUAGUCGCCUGUCUGUGGUGGGUCACGUGUUGUGUAACUUCCCCGGGUUUUUAGACCAGAACAACCUUUUGGCUUACGUUAAACCCUGCAGAGCAUAUACAGAACCGAAUGUUAAUUUAAUUGGCAUAGCUUUGCGUGUCGACAGUCUUGGAUUCCGGUAUCGAUGGUAAUAUAGCGCUCCACACCACCUUCCACAAAUGAAGCCUUCGUAUAACGCCCAUCGCUACGCAUUUACCAAAGGCAGCUUAUUUGCCUUUUGUCAAUUAGUAGGUAUUUGGCUGAGAAAGGUACCUCGCUGAGAAGUUGGAGGGCCAGCCAGUACUACAUGGGCUCAAGGGUUUAGUGCUUUUCUACAACUAUUUCAUCACCUGUUCACACCGUAGUCGUACUAACAGAGCUAGGUGGCUGUGUGGUGCCCGGACCAUGCUCUCCCCUGUUCAAGUCUUUGUCCCGAAUUUUAGAUGAUGCGGAUAGCAGCCACCCGGAUGUACCUAUCGUACUGGUUUGUUUACCAGUAUAUUAUAGAACCAGUGAUUUGUUCUUUGUUUUCUUUUUUCCUUCCGCCCUCCAUGCUUGAUUUUUAUUAGCCACGAUUCAGUUUUUAAUCGAGAAAUGCAUAACAAAGGCAAGCAGUUUUAGGUUAAUAGAUCUAGUUAUUUAGUAUUUCAAUUUUUGCUUAUCGGACCAAAUUAACUAUAUAAAUAUAUAUGUAUAUGCGCAACUCUUCGGAUUAACUUCAUGUUGUGUAUUUGUCUUAAUAAACAUCCUUUUUAGAAAAA